UGAAACCAAAGCCAAUUAUAAACCAGAUACCACCACCAAUAUCGAUUUACUCCUCCACACCACCGUCUCCGUUAUCAAUGCCGCCGCCAUCGCAAAAGCUGAUAUCCCUCCACUAAACGCCUUUGCCACAACUGCAACUUUAUCGUUACAUCAACCAGAUGAUGCCCCUCUCUCACUCGACUCACUCUAGCAACUCCUCUGCAGCUGCUGAUAGUAGUAGCUCCACCACCAGCAGAUCCGGUGAUGGCGCCGUUGAAGUGGUAACUCCGGAACACUACACGUCUUCCCACCGUCAAUCUCAAACUUUACGCAGUUAUCCACCGUCCGACGAGGAAACCAUUUCCAAACUCAUCGACUCGGAAUUCCAUCACAUGCCUUUCUCCGAUUACCUCCACCGUUGCCAGCAACGUUCCAUCGACGUCAUUUCCCGCCAAGAUUCCAUCAAUUGGAUCCUAAAGGUGCAUGCAUACUAUAAUUUCAGCCCAGUAACGGCGUUUCUCUCGGUCAACUACUUAGACCGUUUCCUCUCUUCCCAUUCUCUUCCGCUAGAAAAUGGAUGGCCGUUUCAGCUUCUAUCUGUGGCUUGUUUAUCUUUAGCAGCGAAAAUGGAGGAACUGGAGGUGCCAUCGUUGCUGGACCUUCAAGUGCUGGAACCCAGAUUCGUUUUUGAGCCUAAAACCAUCCAGAGAAUGGAGCUUCGUGUGAUGGCCAUUCUCAAUUGGAGACUACGUUCCGUUACUCCAUUUGAUUAUCUCCAUCACUUCGUUUCCAAGCUCUCUGCGUUCUCCAGCUUAUUACCCGAUUCAUUUGAUUCUCUUAUCUCUGCUUCUUCCCAUCUCAUUCUCAGCACCACUCGUGUUAUUGAUUUCUUGCAAUUCACGCCGUCGACGAUGGCGGCAGCCGCCGUGUUUUGCGCUGCCGGGGAGGGUUCACAAUUUCCGACUGACGACGCCUUCUUUCACGAGAGUGUAAACAAAGAAACGGUGAGAAGCUGUCACCAACUAAUGGAGAAAUACAUGAUCGACACGUGUCCAUCUGAUCGGCUCAAGAACCCAAGAGUCGAGCCGUCACCCGCGCCUCCAAGCCCAGUCGGCGUCCUCGAUGCAGCUGCUUGUGGCAGCUGUGAUACGCGCUCCGAUAAUCCCGGCUCCAGUAGCCAAGUCGAGCGGCCAGCCAAGAGGUUAAGAUCCUCUGAUCUGAAUGUACAGCAACCGUAGAUAAAAGCCCCAACCCUCUCCUUGGUCCUUCCCUCUUUACCUUCCGAUUUUUUAUUUUGGUCAUUUUAUGUUAUUAAUUAGAUGAUGAACGGUUGGGAUUGUAUGAUAAAAGGGAAUAGCGAAUUUUGUUAUUUAAACAAUGUUACCAUUCUUACUUUCAAGGC